CCUCUUCUCAGGAGAAAGCCCUGUACCAUGUCCUCUCUUUGUCAUUUCGGGUGAUAAAGCUAUCUCUGCCAGAUCUCUUGCAAACUAGGGCUGGUGAUGUGUGACGUCACAUCCACGCUAAACCCAUCCGAGCAGUCACGGGGAACUAUACCGCCCGAAUGAAACCUGCUGGCAGAUUUCUAUUUUCAACAGUUGGCGCUGGAUUCGCCAGCUGUCUCACUGAUGGAGAGCCUUGAUGAAGUGUCCCGCCCGCGAGAGGCCGCGGAGGAGCGAGGCGCGGUCUCGGUCGACGGUUACUCCUCCAAGGCGCCGUCGGUGGCCGAGAAUGACUCGCCCAACUCGAUCUCAGAAUUUCCCGCCGGAAAUAAAGGCACGUCAUUCACGUCGAAUUCCAGCUCGAAAUUAUUAGACGACACCGACUCGACUCCCCGCCCCCCAACCGAUCAAGACGACGUCUCGAUACCGCAGCGGAUUCUGUCGCCCUUCGCUCCGAUCCCCUACAAUCCUCCGUCUGUCGGCUCCAUGGGUGAUGAGGCUGGCGAGGAAGAAGAUGAAGAACCCCACGUGGCGACCUCCUUCGAGCGGGAUUCUACGCCCGCCUCGGCCCAGAAACGUCGGUCCAUGUAUUUCGACACCGGCGAAGACGAGUUCAAUCGCAUGCACAAGUUUUCGCUCUACGAGACGGCGACCCGCUUUUACAUGGUUGGCAUGAAUUUGUCGGAUACACGGUUUAGAAUUUUGAAAAUCGACCGGACGUCCGAGACGGAUCUGAGCGUUGCCGAGGACGAUAUCGUGUACACAAAGAGAGAAAUGAGUCAAUUGUUGGAUGCUAUCGAUGAUGGGAACAAAAUAUCGGGUGGGCUGAAGCUGAGAUGCAGUGCAUGGGCCUUGUUGGGCUUCAUCCGGUUAACCGGGGCUUACUACAUGCUGCUCGUCACCAAAAGGAGCCAGGUGGCCAUGCUUGGUGGCCACUAUGUCUACAAGGUCGACGGCACUGAGCUUAUCUCUUUGACUCCGUCCAGCUCGUCGCGACUGAAACCCGAGAAAAAUCCGGAGGAGGCGAGGUAUAUUGCGAUUCUCAACAAUCUCGAUCUCACCCGGUCUUUCUAUUUCAGUUACUCCUACGAUAUCACACAAACAUUGCAACGCAACAUCUGUCGCGAACGUAAAGCUCAUCAGGAUGGGCUCCCGAAACCGUUCCACCAAGACUUCAAUACCAUGUUCAUAUGGAAUCACCAUCUUCUCACUCCGGCUAUCGCGGCUCUAAAGAGUCCUUAUCAAUGGUGUUUGCCGAUCAUCCACGGGUAUGUCGAACAGGCGAAAGUGGACAUAUACGGUCGACUGGUCUACAUCACUCUCAUUGCUCGCCGUUCCCGGUUCUUUGCUGGAGCUCGUUUUCUCAAGAGAGGUGCCAACGAUCUGGGUUACGUUGCCAAUGAUGUUGAAACCGAGCAAAUUGUAUCGGAAAUGUCAGCUACAUCGUUCCACGCUCCGGGGCCUCAUCUCUACGCCAAUCCCCUGUACACUUCCUAUGUUCAGCACCGAGGCAGUAUUCCUCUCUACUGGACACAGGAAAGCUCGGGAGUCUCUCCGAAGCCAGACAUCGAGCUUAACCUGGUCGAUCCGUUUUACUCCGCCGCCGCUCUUCACUUCGACAAUUUGUUUGAAAGAUACGGUGCUCCAGUGUAUGUCUUGAAUCUCAUCAAAUCCAGGGAACGAACACCACGAGAGUCCAAGCUCCUCAAAGAGUAUACAAAUGCGAUCAAUUAUCUGAACCAAUUCCUACCCGAGGAUAAGAAGAUCAUCUACAAACCUUGGGAUAUGAGCCGCGCAGCGAAAAGUCGAGAUCAGGACGUGAUCGGGACACUGGAGCAAAUUGCUGGAGAAAUCAUUCCGCAGACCGGUUUCUUCAAAAAUGGCUACGAUGCUGAGUCCGGCCUUCAAGUGCAGAAUGGCAUCGCUCGUACAAACUGCAUCGAUUGUCUGGAUCGCACAAAUGCUGCCCAGUUUGUAAUUGGAAAAAGGGCUCUUGGGCACCAGCUUCACGCCCUUGGUAUCAUCGACGGCACGACUGUGGAAUAUGACACUGACACUGUCAAUAUAUUUACGGAUUUGUGGCAUGAUCAUGGUGACAACAUUGCCGUCCAAUAUGGAGGGUCUCACCUGGUAAACACAAUGGCCACCUAUCGCAAAAUAAAUCAAUGGAGCAGUCAUUCUCGAGACAUGGUGGAGAGCUUCAAGCGAUACUACAACAACUCAUUCCUUGAUGCCCAGCGUCAAGAAGCGUACAACCUUUUUCUCGGAAACUACAUAUUCUCUCAAGGGCAGCCCAUGCUCUGGGACCUGUCCACCGAUUACUAUCUGCACCACGCCGACCCGAGAUCCUGGUCAAAUAAGAAGAAGCCGAACUACAUCCAGUGGUAUACUCCGGAAAACCUGAAGGCGAAGGAGCUCCCACCGCCUCCUCUGCCGCCAAAAGAGCCUCUCUCACGUUACGAUGAUUAUUGGCUAGAGUAUUACAGGCCCUUAGCUCUCUCAACCUUCUCCAAGGUCUUUACUCUGAAGAACCCCUUGACAACCAUCCGCUACCUCUCGCUUCGUCCCGCAUCUGCCCUUCCUAGUGACCUCAGCCCGUUCGUUGCGCGAAUCACACAUGAGCACAUGAAUCGCGAUCGUCCGCAGCGCACCGUGAAGAUUCAGGAGCCGGACCGAGCUUCGAAGGACCCUUCUGAGCGAUCGCGCAUCGAGGCUGGCCAACUCCAAAGCAAGCAAUACCCAUCGGCCGGCAUCAUGAAAGAACCGACCGAUAAAUUCCCCCACCACAACAGUUCAUUCCAGUCCUUCCCGCAGCCCUCGGAUUCCACCACGCCCAGCAAAGCCCAGAUUGCCCAGUGGACCUUGGGUCAGCUCGUCACGGAUUCUCUGAACCCAUCAAUCACCGCCGGCGAGGCGGAGGAAUACGAGCAUUAUAUCAACCACCCCCUCAAGGUGCCACUCGUCGUCACAUCCAAGAACGAGAUCACGGCCGCUUCGAUCCGCGAGCACGACUCCAACCUCGAUCUCCUCGAGUACGCCAACAAAGUCAACAUCGAGGAGUCCACUCUUCAGGCCAGAGCCACGGAGAAUUAUGCCGACUACGCCGAAUUCCUCGAUGUCUCCGAAAGCGGGCUCACCGUGGUGGCGGAGGACUACGAGAAGAAGCGCUAUAAACGUUAUCGACAGUGGCUGCGAGGCAAGAGUUUGUUCAAGCAGCGUGUCGAUUCAUGACUGCACUUAUUUGUGCUACCCCCGGCUACGAUGUUAUGACCUUAGCAUGACGCUAUGACUUUAGCAUGAUACCCCCUUGUCGCUCUUUUCUUUGAUUUAAUCUUUUUUCUUGUUC